UUACUCACUUUGAUAACAGUAGUUAAGUUGUAAAAAGCUAGAAUUAUGGUAGUGCUUAAAAUUUUAAUUUUCUUUUUCUCCUUUGUAAACGUAUGUUAUCUAUCACCUGUUCCUACAGAUAUCAAAUUAAAUGAUUCGGAAAAACUUUCAAUUAAACUAUCCAAACCAAAUGAAAAAAAUGAAACAGAUACAACAGAACAAUACAUAGAGGAGAUAUUAGAUUGUGUAAAAGCUCCAGAGUAUAGUUACACUAACUGUGAUAUUGUAAACUUAACUAUGAUGUGCACUUCUACUUGCUUUCGAAAUUUCCAAUUUGAGGAUGGUUCAAACAAAAAGCAUUACACCUGCCAUCUAAAUGAAACGAAUUGGAUUUUACUUGAUGAAGCCCCAGGUUCGUGCUUUCUGGCUAAUAAGAUGAGAAAAAACUCAGAAAAAUAAAUUUGAAGAUAGAAAAUAUUAUAAUAAUUAUAAGAAGAAAAAAUAACAAAAUUUAUUAUAUAAAUACUAUCAAUUCUAAAAAU